AUGGCCUGGGCGCUGACGAGACCAGCAGGGCAACCGGACCUUGGCGUGCCACAGACCAUGGCUCUCCGAAAGUGGUCUGGUCCGCAGACUGUCCAUGCGGUCCUCCGGCACGGCCAACUUCGAGAGGUCCAAGAGAAGCGGCACUCCCCGAGCUCGGCUUUCGAGACCAUCCAAGACUCUUACUUGCCCACAAUGCGCGGCAAGGCCAUUGUUGCUGCGGCUCUGCUUGCCGGCGGGUUCGAGUUGGCGGCGGCCAGUGGUGCUAGUCGCUGCAAUGCCGACAAUUGUCUUCGAGCCAUGAGGGCGACGCAGACUCCGGGACGUCUUGAGAGCGCCAAGGCAUUUUGUGCCACAUACACCAGGGUCACUGAUAUUGCCGCCCCAACGGCAGUUCCGUCGUACGCCGCGGAUGGCUGCAAGGACAACAUGAACGGGCCCAUGGCCGUGAGAAUCUCGAGUGCCUGCUCUUGCAUCGCACCCGGGCCUUCGACCACGACGACUCCCCCCGCUCCCACGACGACGCCUCCCCCAUCGGCGACUCGAAAUCCCUGCGCCAAGGUUAGCGCAUCAUGGUCGGAGCAGUUGAGAACGGCGACAGGAAAAGCCGUCCCCACUGUGGCAGCAUCGCUCGCCCUCGAGUGUCUCAAGACGGUUCCGCUUGGCAAGGAUGAGGCUGUCGAGUUGAUCGAUGCCAUCGAGCCCUACCUCGAGUGGCAGAGUGACGCGGCGUACAAAAAGGACCCUCCCCCGUCCUACUUCUACCCCGGAUUCGACCUCUUUGGCAACCUCGCCGCGGUUCGGUCCAAUGUCCAGGCCGGCAAGUAUGCGGGCGAGUUUGAUUUCCAGACAGACCUCUACAAGCAGGUCUGGGCCCCGGGCCAGGAUGGCCACUACGUCUUCUACCCCGACUUGUUGGCCAGAGCCUUCAGAUGGAGACGUGCUGUUCCUCCCAUUGUGUCCAUCAGCGAGGACGGCGAGUCUUUGCCCGUCAUCAAGCUUCAGACCGAAGUCGUCGCCAACCCCGAGACUGCGCAGGCCAUUACCAUGAUCAACGGCAUUGAUGCCGCCAAGUACGUCGAAGAUACUGUCAAUGCUGCCAGCUACCUUCAGGAUGUCGACGCAUCCUACAACACCAUGUUUUGGUCCAAGGCCACCGCCGCCAAUGGCGGAGUCGGCAAUUUCAUCUCGGGCGGUCGCAGUGCCCUGUUUUACCAUGGCGACAGCACGAGUUUGACCUUUGCCAAUGGCACAACCGUGGAGAUCGAGAACAAGGCCGCCGUUGUGGGUGACAUGACUGGCGUCAUGGACGGCCCUUCCAUGUACAAGAAGUUCUGCACCCCUCUUCCCCUCAAGCCCAACAUGGCCUCUGUUUCCGCCAUCGCCAACGCAACCGUCCCUGGCUACCCCAAGCCUGUCAUUGCCUCCUCCGAUGGUGUCGUCUCUGGCUAUUAUCUCAGUGGCGCCGGUCUCGAUGACGUCGCCGUGCUUUAUCUGAUGUCGUUCGAGCCCAAGAGCCCUGCCGAAUUCCAGGCUGUCGUCAGCGACUUCCUGCGCGAGGCCAAGGCCGCUGGCAAGACCAAGCUCAUCGUUGACUUGCAGAACAACGGCGGCGGUUACAUUCUUCUGGGCUACGAUUUCUUCCGCCAGCUGUUCCCCUCGGUCGUGCAGGACGGCAACUCUCGCUGGAAGCAGAGCAAGAGCUUCGCUGCCUUGGCCCGUUACAUCUCCGACGCCGUCCAGGGUGUCAAUCCCGCCACCGAAGCCAACAGCGAUCUCAUUGAAAUGUAUGAGACCUGGUGGAACUACCGCUAUGAUUUGGACGUUGAAAACAAAAACUUUGCCACCUUUGCGGACAAGUUCCAGCCUCAUGUCCGCAAAGACACCGACUACACCAACCUGAUGCGAUGGAACCUCAGCGACCACCUCACCACUUACAACACGACAUAUGGUAUGGGCAUUGACAUAUCCGGAUAUGGCAUCCGCUCAAACCUCUCUCAGGCGUUCGAAGCUGAAGACAUUGUCAUUCUUUACGAUGGCGCCUGCUCAUCCACCUGCACUCUGGCAUCCGAGAUGCUUCGGCUCCAAGGCGGCGUCAAGUCUAUUGCCAUGGGUGGUCGUCCCCAGCAAGGCCCGAUGCAGGGUGUCGGCGGCAUCAAGGGGUCGCAGAUCCUCAACUUCCUCAACAUUUACACCUACGCCAACUACAUUGCCCAGCUGACCAAGGACACCAGCGCCCAGGCUGAACUGAGGCGCUUCAAGCCCCUGCCCAUGCAGCGGUCGACAGGCUCUGCAGUCAAUGUGCGGGACCAGAUCCUCCGCGACAAUGUCGAAGACGGCAUUCCUGCCCAGUACGUCACCGAGGAGGCUGACUGCCGCCUGUACUGGACGGCCCCCAUGAUUUCGGACGUUGGCGAGGUGUGGAAGUCUGCCGCAAACGCUGCCUUGAACGGCGCCAAGUGCGUCUACGGCGGUAUUGCCGGAUCGAAGCCCAACCGCAGAAGCCCCGUUGCGUCUGUUCUGACUGCUCGCGACCCCGUCAGGAUGUCCGACAGCGUGGACAAGACCCCCAUCGCACACGGCCUGAACUGGGAGGCUCAGCACCUGCAGGUGGCCAUCAACUAG